AUGUUGAAGCCGCUUAGGUCAUGCAGUCGGUGCAGAAAGAAUAAGAUCAAGUGCGAUUCCGCGGAAACAAGGCCGCGGCCUUGUAGCUCGUGCUCCAAGCGCGGAUUGACGUGCACGCUGGACUACGUGGUGCCGCCGAAGCGUUCGGACGAAUUGAAGAAACUCCACCAGAGCGUGUCGUGCGUGAAGCACAGCGUGGACCGGUUGUUGCAGAACGCGGUUGAGACGGCGUCGUAUGCGGCGGCGUCUAUGGGACGCCUCGAUAUGGGGAUGGGCCUUGGAUUGGAACUGGAGGGUAACGGCAGUGUGGGCGUCGGCGGCAAUAAGGAUGUGCAGGUGUUGGGCGGUAGCGAGACCGGAAGCGAGUACGGAAGUGAGAACGAGAUCGGCUGGGAUGGUGGUAGUAGUGGUGGUGGUAACAGCAGCAGGUCUAGUCCGGAGGUCACGUGGUCUUCGAUCAAGAAAUCGCUCAGCGGAGUUAUCCCCAGCAGGAUCAUCAAGGUGAACGAGUCGAAGUUCUUGCGGUUGAUGCUCAACCGCGACUGUCUCAUGUUCAACAAUUUCGAACUCGAUAUCCACGACUUGGAAGAAGUGUUGCUCGAAUUUUGCUUUAUCGUGCGAUCCGUGCUUCAAAGUGCAGAUAAAUCGGAGGAAGAGCUGCCCCCGUUGGACAACAUCGGCCAGUUGCUGCUCUCCAAGGAGGGCUCGGUGUACUUGGUGUCGAUCAUCAACUUCUACUUCGAUAUUCCAAACUUUGACUACUUGGAGUUUUAUGAUCACGUGACGCAGGGCGACUCGCAAAUGCACGUCAGUGAGCUGUGGUUGUUCUGCAACGUGAUUCUCUACGGGCCCGCUUACUUCAGUCCCAAGGUGUCGCACUACUCGUUGCCCUCGAUCUGCAUUCCGUUGCAGCUACAGUGUAUCGGGGACUCGAUGAGUAACGAUCUCAGGCCGGCGUUUGCGAAGCUGUACUACUCUUCGCAGUUCAAGUUCCAGUGUCCCAAGCUAUAUCUGCUGCAGGAAAAGUUCUCGAACUUCCAGGACGAUCCUUUGUUGCAACUCAUUCAGUUCAGAUGCAAGCCCCAGCGGAUAGUACCGGGACACUCGUCCACCAAGAUGUCUCUUUCGCAGCUUUCGAUCUGCCAGUAUAACGACCAGCGCUAA